GAGCCCGGCGGGGCCGGCGAGGAUGGGCACGGAGCCCCGGCGGCAGCCGCCCCGCAGGAGAUGAGUUAAAAUGCAGCAUACCACGUGCACAGAGGACAGGAUCCACCACGCGCUGGAGCGGUGCCUGCAUGGGCUGGGCAGGGACGCUGUGGCCAGCAGAUGGGCUGCCGGGCUGUGCCUGAACUGCUGGAGCCUGCAGGAGCUGGUGAGCCGGGACGCUGGUAACUACCUCAUCCUGGUGGAGAAGAUCCUGGGCAAGACCAAGGAGGUGCAGGACAGGUGUGACUACGACCUGGUGACGCCCCUGGCCCUGCUCUUCUACUCGGCCGUGCUCUGUGCUCCUCACCUCCCCCCCGGCUCUGAGCUGCUGCUGAAAGCCGCCAGUGUCUACCACGGCUUCCUGACCUGGCCCGUGCCCUACUGCGACACCUCCCGGGAGCUGCUCACCUUCAUCAGCAACGAGCUCAAGGCGCCAGGGAUCACCUUCCAGAGGCUGGUGAGGACGGAGCAGGGGCUGCCUGUGAAGAACUACCAGAGCUCCACGGUGACGGUGCUGCUGCUGAACCACUCAGAGGUGCAGAGCGAGUUCGUGUCCAUCGCCCGCAGGCUGAGCUCCAGCGAGCCCGCCCAGCACUCCACGCUGCUGCUGCUGCUCCAGCACCUCUACCAGGCCACCUUCGGCACCCGCUGCGACCUGGACGGGCUGGGCCGGCUGCUCAAGUCCAAGCCCCUGGAGGAGCUCUCGGAGCUCUACGCCAGCGCUGCCGAUGCUCAGGAGGCGGCGGCCGCCAGUCCCGACCCCGCGCUGGCCCGGGAGCGGCUCCAGGCCGUGCUGCGCGACCUCGCCGGGGCCGCCUCCCUCCCUGAUAUUGCAGGCGAGGCCCAGCCCCGCAAGCUGCAGCCCUUCCCCAUUCCCCCCGCCCGCUGCUACACCUACAGCUGGGACCAGGACAACUUCGACAUCCUCAACGAUGUCCUCAGCAAGGAGUGCAGCAUUGCCGAGCCCCUGGCCUCGGAGAACGAGGAGGAGGAUGAGGACGAGGAGGAGGAGGAUGUGGAGACGGACGGCGGCUCCCCGGGGCAGGACUCGCUGCUGGCGCCGCUCUGUGCCCUCCCCGGUGACUCCGUGUACUCCGUGCUGGCCGAGGAGGGCUCCAGGCCCCCGCGGGUGUCCCUGUUCGCCUCCCCCAAGGAGUCCCUCUCGGAGCUGACCGUGGUCUCCAGGAAGUCCCUCAAGUCCUUCGUGUCCAGCCUGAAGGACUGCAUGGACAGCGGCUACGCCGAGGACAGCGACGAGAGCUCCGUGGAGGCGGCGGGCCGGCCCGAGCUGCCCAAGCAGCGGCAGUCGCUGACCAACCGGCUCUACAGACUGCUCAAGAGCAAGGGCCAGCAGCUGGUGCAGCGCCGGGAGUGCCCGGGGCCGUGCUCGCUCCCGCUGCGCCGCGCCGAGAGCCUGUGCGCGCCCCCGGCGCAGCCGCGCGUCCCCGCGCGCUCCCGCCGCGCGCUCUCGCUGCCGCAGCACGGCCCGGCCCGGCACGGCCCCGCCCCGCUCGGGGCCCGGCCCCUGGGGCUGCCCCGCCGCCCCUUCCUCAGCUGCGACGAGGAGGAGAGCAAGGCGGGCACGCUGCGCGUGGUGGUGUUCGGCUCGGACCGCAUCUCGGGCAAGGUGGCCCGCGCCUACAGCCGCCUCAGGCUCCAGGAGAGCUCCUGCCCCUCCCUCACACGGUACUUCAGGCUGCAGUUCUUCUACGUGCCCGUCAAGAGGAGCUGCGCGGCUCCAUCGACCCCGCAGAUGCAUCCUCAUCAUCAUCCUCAUCCUCAUCACCACCUCUCGGCGUCCCCGGGGGAGCCCCCGCCCCGGGCACAGGACCCCUCCUCAGCCGGGACAGAGAGCAGCACCAACGAUAUCUCCCACUACCUCGGCCUGCUGGACCCCUGGUACGAGCGCAACGUGCUGGGGCUGAUGAGCCUGCCCAUGGGCGUCCUGUGCCAGUGUGCCAAGCCCGAGGCUGAGCCCCAGGAGGAUGCCCAGGAGCAGCUGCCUAUCCUGGCAGACAUGAUCCUCUACUACUGCCGCUUUGCCUCGCGCCCCGUGCUGCUGCAGCUCUACCAGACCGAGCUCACCUUCAUCGGGGGCGAGAAGAGGACCGAGGUCUUCAUCCACUCCCUGGAGCUGGGGCACUCAGCAGCCACCAGGGCCAUCAAGGCCUCAGGUCCAGGCAGCAAGAGGCUGGGAAUAGAUGGAGAUAGGGAAGCAAUCCCACUGACACUACAGAUUGCAUACAGCAAGACAGCUGCCAGUGGCAGGAGUCACUGGAACGAUGUGGAGAAGGUCUGCACAUCUGUCAACCUCAGCAAGGCCUGCAGGAGGCACGAGGAGCUCGCCUCCAAGACAGAAUGUCUCAACCUCACCGUGACUGAGGUGGUCAAGAGGCAGAACUCCAAAUCCAAGAAGAGUUUCAAUCAGAUCAGCGUGUCCCAGAUCAAAGUGGACAAGGUCCAGAUCAUCGGGGUGCAGUCCUCCUUUGCCGUGUGCCUGGACCAGGACGAGCAGAAGAUCCUGCAGAGCGUCACCAGGUGUGAGAUCUCCGUGUGCUACAAGCCCAGGGACUGCGACCCCCUGGCACCGAGGGGCUCCCCCGAGGCUCCCCAGGACCCCUCUGAGUUCCAGUCCCUGCUGUGUUUGCCCAUUGCCACCUUCAGCGGGGCACUGCCCUAGAGGAGCCGUGUCCCUGCAGGGCAGACUGUGCCACACCAGCCCAGGCUCAGGAGAAGGAAAGGACACCCAGCCCAGCUGGUCCCCAAGCUGCUGCAGCUGCAGAGUCGCUGAGGGGGCUGAGCUGCUGCUCCAGGCUCCUGCAGUGCUGUCACUGUGGUGUCGCCGUGGGGGCUGAGCUGCUGCUCCAGGCUCAGCCCCUCCUCGGGAAAUUGGAUCAAUCCUUGUGCUCUGCUGUCCCUGGGGGUUCCUCAGGAGGUUCCUGUGGGUCAGCAGAUCCAGCACCUGCUGGGAGGGCAGGGCAAGGACAGGGAUAUUCCCUGCCAGGUGGGGUGUGGGGAAGGGUGAGCUCAUGGGGAUAUUUGGGGAGAGGAACAUCCUCAGCUCAGUGGUGUCGGGUGUCCGUCAGUGCAGGGCAAUUACAGAGCCCUGGUAUUGGUGAAAUGACCCCUGUCCUGCUGGUGUUUCACCUGUCACACGGCGAGGAUGCUCAGGACAGUUUCCUGGGAUGGGGACAGGUUUCUCAAGGCUUCCCUUCCCGUCUGGAGGUGGGGUGUCCUGCAGGGACGCAGAGCAGGGAUCCUGCAGUGUGGGAUCCCAGGGAACUGAGUGCAACAGGUCAUGCCAGGGCAAGGACAGCUGCUGGUGGGUCCAUGUGUUUCCUGUGCCCCCAGGAGAGGAAUUCCCAGUUCCUGCAGGGUUCCAGCGCUGAGCUGUACUCCUCUGGUCGUGCAUCCUGCUC